AUGUUUUACGUGAAUGUAAGGGGAUGGAAUUAUUCUUAUUCUGAGUUGCAAGUUGUGGAUUGGUACGUGAGAGCUAGCUGGCCUUGGAUGGCCUUAAAGUAUGUUCUUGGUGGCAUGCGCAUGUGCUUGUGCAUAGUGAAUAAGAUUCAGUGUCUCGAAAGAUUUCAGAGCUAUGUGUUUGAAUCCAUUCACACUACUGAAAUCUUGAAAGUACCGUUGAUUGAAUGUCAUAUGCACACGCUUAUCGGUGCUGAAAUAUCAGAUAAUAUGCUUAGAUGUGUCAAGGUUUCGGCUUUACAUCAAGUCAGCCACCUGUACUCCAUGGUGGCCUCCUCACCACCACUUUCUGGGCCGCCACUCUCAUGCCCAGGGCAGCAAAAAUGUAAGCAUAGCUCCAAGGAAAACAAUAAAUCAUCCAGAUCAUCUCCUGGCACUUUGAGCAAGAUUAUUAUCUCAUUGGCGAAAAGAUUCAAUUUAACCGGCAUUAGUUCUGUCAUCAAUAAACGUAGCAUUGCAGAUUUUCCACCCAAUAGAAGAAGAUUACAUGGGUGGCCUCAAAGUCUUACUGAGGAAGAGAUGGCCGUUAAUUCGGGGUAG